UGCGCAGUCGCGUCCACAACUCUCCGGUCCGGCCCACAGGGCAGACAUCAACAAGAGACGCCGUCCGGUUUUCAACCACGACACCCCGGACGGAAUACGACUCGUGUUUCGCACAACUUUACGCAACUUUGCAAGAUGUUUGGCUUUCACAAGCCGAAAAUGUACCGGAGUUUGGAAGGCUGCUGCAUCUGCCGCGCAAAGUCGUCCAGCUCGCGCUUCACCGACAGCAAGCGCUACGAGAAAGACUUCAGGAGCUGCUUUGGAUUGAGCGAAACUCGAUCCGGGGAGAUCUGCAACGCUUGUGUCCUCCUGGUGAAGCGAUGGAAAAAGCUGCCUGUGGGAACCAAGAAGAACUGGAAUCAUGUGGUCGAUGCGCGAGGCGGCCCCAGUCUAAAAUUGACCUCUCGGCCCAAGAAGAUCAAGUCCGUCGCCAAGAAAGCCCGACCGAGCCAGAUCAACAGGCUGCAGAAAGAGCUCAAAAGAAACAAUUCGGACGCCCACAGCACCACGUCCAGCGCGUCGCCGGCUCAGUCUCCCAGCUACAGCAACUUGUCCGACGACGGCUCCGACACGGAACUCAGCCGAGGGUCGGGCCCCUCGCCCGUCUUCUCCUUCCUGGAUCUCACCUACUGGAAGAGACAAAAGGUGUGCUGCGGAAUCAUCUACAAGGGUCGCUUCGGGGAGGUGCUCAUCGACCCCCACCUGUUCAAACCGUGCUGUCGCAAAAAGCAGCAGCAGCAGCAGCAGCAGCAGCAGCAGGAGCAGCAGCAGCAGCUCGAGGAGGAGGAGGAGGAGGAGGAGGACGACGAAGAGGAGGACGACGACGAAGAGGUGGAGGAGGAAGAGUUGGAAGUUGAGGGCGGCGCUCCCGUCGGUCGGGUGGCGUCCCCGCCGGAGGAAGAGCCGGCGAAGGAGACGGCGGCGCAGAUACGUGUCAGCGUGGUGACGACGUCAGAAGGAGGCUGGUAAAGUGGCAAAAAGUCUCCGUCGUCCUCCUGCCAGCACUUGCGUUUAAAAGCAGCUGAAAAUGUUUCCGUCACCACGCUGAAGUUUUUUGUUUGUUACGUUCCAGCGCUGAUUCCCAACCAAAAGUUUCAUUUUCUACCUUCUGCCGUCACUCUCGCGCCUGUCGUCGUCUGUUGCCGGCAGAGCGAGAGCAACUCGUAAAUAAUGAAGCUACAGUUUCAGCGAAAUUGGAUCAUUUCUACACGAUUGCAAAAUGGCGGAACAUUUCCGUUAAAUAUCCAUUGGGAUUUCAGAACUAUUCCAAGCGGGAAACUUUCCAUCGGAAACCCGGCGACGGAUGCCUUGCGAUGUGAAUUUUAGGCAUUCCGGGACCACGCUUCAGGGACGAUCUCAAAUCGUCUUUCCCCUUUGAAAUGAAUGCAAAUGCCAUUAAUUCGUUCCAGCCUCCUUCAAAAGAGACUUUUUUUGUUCUGUGAAAAUGACAUUUUAUUUCACGUACUUUACAAAAAGACACAAACAAUACAAUUAAAGUAAAGAAUUAAGCAGUUUGCAUAUUAUGAAGCAUUCGUUGCUGCACCUUUUGGUGUGUGUGUGUGUGUGUGUGUGUGUGUGUGUGUGUGUGUGUGUGUGAGAGAGAGAGAGAGAGAGACUCGACCACCGGGGGGGGGGGGGGGCAGUAUAAUGCCUGUCAAUUCCUUUGGAAAGUUUCUCCCCGCCAGAAAGGAAAUCUGGAAAUUUUGCAAACGGGUUGGGAAUCACCGCACUAAGACGGUCACCGUACGGACUCCCGUUUUUCAUCCUGUCCCGUUUCAUCCUCUCCCCUUCCCGACAAAUGGACCAUCAUCUCGUCUUUUCGUUUUUUUUUUUUUUUUUGUCUUACCGUACAUGCUGGACUUUGACUUUUUGAUUCCAUGAUGCAAUACAGACGACCCCCCCCCCCAUCCCCCCGUUUUUCUUCCGCCACACACCGGUGCUACUUUUUAAGUUUCUUCAACCGACAUUUGGGGCGUCGACCUCACGGUCGUGCAUUGAGAUGACGGACACGCUUCUUAUCAAGCUUCCAUUAUUUUUAUUUUCUUUUGCAUUCAAUAUCCUCUGUAAUCAUGGAUCAUUGACAGUUGAGAGAUUUUUUUUUUUUUGUUUUGUUUUUGUUUCAUAUACUUUUAUUUUCCACCCCACUCAGUGUUUUACGAUGACAGAUAUAGAAAACCGUUUGAGCAUUUAUUCAUUAUCUUUGAUCGCUAGUUUAAAAUACUGUUGUACGCGCUUUGUAGGACAAUUCAGUGCACUAGUAGAACGACUGAGUCUUAAUGGUAAUAUUAAUUCGCCCCCACCACCAUUUUGCACACUGGUAAUACACAAUAUGUCACUGUCAACUUGUGCAGUUUGCUUCACUAGUUGUGGGGAAAAAAGUUGCUAGUGCCCCAGAUCGUAUUACUAGUGCGGAUAAUGCGCGUGCCGUAGUAGGACGGCUUUAAAGUGGACAUCGAAGUUAACGUUUUAAAUGCUCAAAGGGCUCGUCCGAAACCGCCGGCCGACGGACGAACUCUGCUGGUUCCCGCCCCAGUUUGGGGUUGCUUGCGUUUUGCGGACGGGAUUCGCGUAACGCGCUCACAAGCGCCGGGCCGCCACUCUUGACAGCGCGCCGAUUCACAGCUUCAACAGCAAAUGCACCAGCCUUACCCGCACUUGCCGUCUUCCUUCCGGAUGGGAUAUGAGGAACGAGGGAGAGGGAGACAGAAAAUAAUAAUAAUAAUAAUAAUGACGGUGGCAAUUAUUUAUUGUGGCCUCAACAACACGUUGUGCAUUUUCGUGCCCACUCAUCCAAAAGACCCCCCCCCCCCGCCGACGAUCUGUUGCAUGAGUCGAAUAAAUUGCAUGGCCUUAUAGAAAAUGUAAAUCUUAACUUUUUGGGGGAAAUUGUUUUUUUUUUUUUUUUUUUUUUGGAUCAAAUUUUCUGAUCUUAUUUUUGUAUGUAAACAGAAAGACAAACCCGAGAAAAGUGGUGAAAAAAAAAAAAAAAAAGUCUUUGCGUAACAACAACAACAACACAAAACCCGACAGCGAAAACAACGAACCAGCUUCAAAGUCAUUCAGCAAUAUUAUCAAUAUCAGUCACUCCCGGUCAGUAUAUGAUAUGAAAGUAACUUUCUAGAAGCUUAUGGAAAGCUGUUGGAACAUUGAUCCCUUGCCCAUGAUAUCUAGUUCAAGCUCCCGUGUACUAGGACAUGCUUUGUCGUCACUAGUAAGACAAGACUAGUGAUGUUUUUUCCGCUAUUGUGCAACACUUGUAGGGCAACUUUGGGAGUCUAGUAGUACCGCAGCGUGUUACUAGUGAGCCAAAACCGCGUUUGUUGUUGACGUCAGCGCACUACUAGCUAACACUGCGAACUACCAAGCGAGUCGACAGUUGUACACUGACUUUCAGUUUGAGAUCAUUCUCAUGGGCCAAAAGUGGCACUAGUAGCGGAAAAUCUGUUGCCGUUCCACCAGUGCCAUGGCUUGUCUUACUAGUUGAUCGAAAAGAGUGUACUGGUAGACGGGCCUUCAAGUGGUGAAGCGUAUGGAAUGAAUGUUGCAAAUGACUUUCAUAUGUAAGCUGGAAUUCUAUGCCAAUGUUCUUCUUUAUGUCGCGAUCCUCACUUGUGUGCUUAUUAGGUACUUCCUUGACAAUUUGUAUUUUGUAAAACCUCUUUGAGAGAGAGGUGUAUUUUAUUUAAAAAAAAAAACAACAUAUUUUGGGGGUAUUUCUUUUGUCGACUUUUCCCACAGCUCACUUGCGUAAUAAUUCGAUUAUUGUGCAGGAAUAUUAGAGAUGCCUUUGAGCAGCAUGAUCCGAGGCUGCCUUGCAUUUGUCUUUUUUUUUUCUUUCUUUUUUCUAAUCUUAUUUUUUACUUAAUAUCUAAACAAGUGAGCGUACGAGAUGACUUUAUUCAUCAAGCGGAAGCCAAAGCACAUUAAAAUUCCUCGCACUGCCCCCCCAACCCCCCACGUCAAAAGCAAUGCAGGUUUUGUAUGGAUAUUCGUGAUUGUUCGGGGUCAUUUGUAUGUUCGUGGUAUUCUUCUAAAAAAAAAAAAAAAAGAUAAUAAACACUAAUAUGAAAUUUCACCUUGUAGUUGGGAAGCAGCGGGCAGGUUGUGUACUGUAAAUAUUGCCAGACUCGGUGGGCCCUGAUGGGGGUUUGGUUAUUUAUUUAUUUCAUAUUUAUUUUCCUGCUUCUCGAGUCGUGAUACUUGCUAUGAAUUCUUUCCAGCUUUUCUCUUUUUUUUUUUUUUUGUUUAUGUUUUUAACGCAAACUCUCCUGCGAGAUUUGCGCGGCAUCAAAUGACUCAGUUGUCCAUACUUGUGAAGUGUUCUCUAUUUAUUUCCUCGUCAUUGGCAUCGCGGGCGACCUAAUUUAUUACCCGCCGUCACGACUUUUCGAUGUGUGUCGCCGUAGACUGAGCAGCUGGUAGAGUUUCACGCCUUCCGUUUUUGAGCCCCGUAGCUUAGGCGACGAUCAGUAGGAUCCCCCACGCUAGACUUUGCAUGUACUGUUGCUAUGCAUUGAUUUCGCUUACACGUUAGAUGAAGCGCUUUUGUAUUUUUUGAUACAUCAUGUACUUUUUUUACUUGUCCCUUAAUAAAAGUAAUUUUGUGAGUUUUA